UUUAUCUUCACCUCAGUUCCUAAAGAGCAGCAGAAGACAGAUUCCACAGAGCCACUCAAAGCUGUCAAACCUGGACAGGAAGAGGAAGGCUCUAUCCAGACCAAGGGUCAGGGUGCAAGCUCUGCAGAAGUCAAAGGAAAAGAGAAGAUGCGGAUGAAGCCACGUAGCACACAUGAGCUUUCUGUGGAGCAGCAGCUGUACUAUAAAGAAAUCACCGAAGCAUGUGUGGGAUCAUGUGAAGCCAAAAGAGCGGAAGCACUGCAGAGCAUAGCCACAGACCCAGGGCUGUACCAGAUGCUGCCAAGGUUCAGUACCUUCAUCUCUGAGGGCGUCCGUGUAAAUGUUGUUCAGAAUAACCUGGCUCUGCUGAUAUACUUGAUGAGGAUGGUGAAGGCUUUAAUGGACAAUCCAACUCUAUAUUUGGAGAAAUAUCUCCAUGAGUUGAUCCCAGCGGUGGUGACGUGUAUUGUCAGUAAGCAGCUGUGUCUGAGGCCUGACGUGGACAAUCACUGGGCUCUGCGAGACUUUGCUGCCCGGCUGAUGGCUCAGAGCUGCAAGACGUUCAGCACAACAACCAACAACAUCCAGUCACGUAUCACCAAGACGUUUACUAAGGCAUUGUUGGAUGAUAAGACUCAGUGGACAACUCGUUAUGGCUGCAUUGCUGGACUUGCUGAACUUGGGCAUGACGUGAUAAAGACAUUGAUCAUCCCUCGGCUGUCUGUAGAGGGUGCUCGUAUUAAAGCUGUGAUGGAUGGGCCAGUGGUGUCCAACAUUGAUAAGAUCGGAGCUGAUCACGUCCAGAGUCUGUUACUGAAACACUGUGCAUGUGUGGUUGCUAAAACUAGACCGCUCCCAGAUAUGGUGGAUCAAUACAAGGCAGAUUAUGGUUAUCUGGGCACCAUGCUUUGUUCACAUGUGGUGAAGGCCCGUGCACAGGCUGCCUUCCAGGCCCAAACUGUUAACAGAACCACACUCACUAUCACACAGCCACGCCCAACUCUGUCAAUGUCUCAGAGUGGAUUGUCCGCAUCAAGUGGGUCACGCACACCAAGCAUUAUUAAAGUACCCAGUUCACUCACCCUUAUGUCCACUCGCCCUGGAACACCCACCCAGCCAUCACCCCCAGCAACCAAAUAUAUUGUUAUGGCAACAAGUGCAGGAGCUGCAUCCACACAGCAGGUAAUCACUCUCAGCUCCUCCCAGUCUGGAUCUUCUGUCACAAGUACAGUCCCUAGCACCCCCACAUCUUUACAACCACUCGUCAAACUGGAGUCUGGAACCACAGGUGCUGUGAGUGGCUCGCGCCCUCUUCAGAAAUACAUUGUGGUGUCUUUGCCUUCAUCCUCUUCCUCACUGGAGAACAAGGGCUCAGGUGUCUUCCCAUCCUCUACCUCACCUAUCAGUAUGGAGUCGGCUGUCAAGUUGGAACGUUCAGAAUCACCGGCUGCAAACACACAGUCGCCACAUUGAAACACACACUCGCUUGCUCCACCAAGAUACAGAAGAACAAUAAAUGUAGCUUGAGACUCGUAAUAGUGCUUGCACAGCACUUUCAGACAAACUGACAUGCAUGCUUAGAAUUAGGAAAGCGAGCAAAUAGCUAUGCACAUUUGGACCAUAAGACUCACUCACAUACAUCGACAUCGUGUACACACACACAUAUAUAUAUAUAUCGAAACAUGAACAAUCAAUCAUGUAUACACACAGAUACAUGUCUGAAUACUGUGUUUGUGUAUAUAUGUGUGUGUGUGUGUGUGUGUAAGUGUGCAUAUAUAUAUAUAUAUAUAUAUAUAUAUACAUGCAUACACACAGAAACGCAUACAUAGUUGCCAUUGUGGCUGCAAGCACAGAGGAGAUGUAACAGUGACAGCCAUACACACAUCACAGAAAAAUACAGGAUGGAAAUUGAUUGUGAUUUGAGAUUUACCAAAAGUGGUGUGUGUGAAGAUAGCACAAGUCAGUGUUUGAGCUCACAGCUCUAGCCAUGCUUCAUUAAUGAACAUAAGGAUAUGGUUGUAUUUAUAAGGGGAGAAGGAAUGAUAGAUGUGGAUUGUGUGGGUAGAAAACAAAAAAGGGACAGUGGGUCCAUCACUGUCUAAUUUACAUUUGUAUAAUUAAGUACAUAUGUGUGCUUUAUGAUCGAAAACUGAGUAUUGAUCGGGUUUAAUGAACAAUUUAACU